AUGAGGAUGUAAACACAAAACGUGUGUCGCGGUAUUUUAUUACCAAAAAUAGUUCGAAAAUAUAAUUUUUAUUGCAAUCUGUCUCCCUUCACGUGCUCAACCGAAUUUAUUGAAACCGUAAACGUAGUUUUAAGUGUUUUUGGUCAUAUUAAAAUGUGCAGCAUAGGUGAAGAUGAUUUCGGCGAUGAGGGUGGUGCUCACGCCAUGAAGGAAGAAACUCCACCGCUUCCUCUCGCCGAGGAAAUCUGUCGUAAGUGCAACGAGCACCACGCAGUGCUAAAGCUAAACCAGAAGGAACCACAGUGUCGCAAAUGUUUUCUGCAUUACGUGAGGCACAAAUUUCGAGCGUCGCUUGGAGCCACCAAAAUCGUUCGCCGAGGUUCAAAGGUGCUGGUGGUGUUCAGUGGAGCGCCUGAGAGUGUCGCCAUGCUGGAUAUGAUUCGACAUGGCUUGGAACAGGAUGCUUUCAAGAAGUUGAGAAUUGACCCGGUGGUGGUGUUCGUCGAUGAGGACUUCAUAGGCCAGGACCAAGUGCACUAUGAGAAAUGCGUUACAGACAAAUUGGAAAUUUUGGAGCAGUUUGAUUAUCCAUCGUAUUAUACAGUGCUUGGGGCUCAACGUUGUUGCGAAGCAAAGGAAGAUCGGUUAAUGGAAAAGUUUCAAGCAGAGCAAGAUAUGAUCCAGAACGUUUUGCGAGGAAUCAUGAGUAUAACUUCGAAGCAGGACUUCAUUGUUCAAACUAGAAAGCAGACCUACAAAGCGAUUGCCCGGGAAUUGCAAUGUGGCUACAUUUUCUUGUCCAGUAUUGGACUGGAAUUGGCGAAGACGUUACUAUCGGACGUUGCCUUGGGUCGAGGCAAAUCUUUGGCGCUGGACAUAGCAUUUUGUGACGAUCGGGAUGAGGAACGUAGAAUUAUACGUCCCAUGCGAGAUUUGAGUCCUGACGAAAUACAGAACUACUUAAUAUUUGCCGAGAAACCCUUGAAAAGUGCAGCGGUUGCGGAUUCGUUUAUAGACAAACCCAGUUUGCAAAAUCUGACUUCCAAGUUCGUCGAUAACCUUCAGCAAUCGUUUCCAUCUACGGUAUCCACCGUGUUCCGAACCGGAGAUAAGUUGGGGACGCAGAAAACGCCAGUUUCCGAAAAUCAAUUAAAUGGGGUUGAUCAUUUUUCAAUAUUGUUCGAUAAAGCAUUGAACAUUACAUCGGAAGCAGAAGACCCUAAAAGAUGCAAGUUUUGUCAUUCUACUCUAGAUUACAGGGACUCGACCACGUUAUUUGCAACCGAGUUCUCUAGGAUGGUUUCGUCGAGAAUUAACGUGGCGUUAAGUCAUGAGGAAAUAGUCGAAAGCACCAGACGCAUGGAGCAGGACGCUUGCAAAGCUGUAAACGCUGAACUGGAGGAAGACGAAAUGAGACAACUCAAGCGAGAACUGUGUCACUCAUGUAGGAAUAUAUUUGUUGAUUUCCACGGGAAAUAAGAAGAUGCGUUUUUGGUCAAAA